AUGGCAAAAUCAUACAUAGUCGAUCAUCUCCAACAGUUCGAUAUUAAUCAAAAACAACUUGAAUUUGUUGUGGAACUAUUUGGAGAACAUGAUGAUUUGGCACGAGCUCGAUUUCAAUCCCGCCAUUCAAACCGCAAGAAAUAUAUAGCUACGGUGAGAUUUAAUGGGGAAAAUGAACAACCUAUAACUGGGUGGUUCUGUACAUGCUCCGUGGGUGGUCGCGAAGUAGGUAUGUGCUCUCAUAUUACAGCAUUACUUUGGCAUAUAGGAGUUGAAAGAGCUAUGGUACCUACAUCAACUCAUCCACUUUCAGCUUCAAAAUUACUUACCGCUAUCGAUGAUAGCAUGAAGUUUUCCGAUGAUGAAUAUAACUCUGACAAUGAUAUAAAUGAUUUGCGUGGAACAAUCGGAACAGCAAAUGCCACCAACGACACAGAACUGGAUUGGUGA